UCAUGUUUCCAGGUCCGUGUCUCCCACUACAACAUCUCAGAUACAAGCCAGGAAGAAGAGGAGAGGGAUCAUCGAGAAGCGGCGCCGUGACCGUAUCAACAGCAGCCUCUCCGAACUGCGGCGCCUGGUGCCCACCGCCUUUGAGAAGCAGGGCUCUUCCAAGCUGGAGAAGGCAGAAAUUCUGCAAAUGACAGUAGAUCACUUGAAAAUGCUUCACGCCACUGGAGGAACAGGCUUCUUAGAUGCUCGCGCUCUGGCCGUGGAUUACAGGGCAGAAAUGGAGCCUUCCCCCGUGGCCACUUCCCUCCUGCCCAUCCAGACGUGGCCGUGGUCCUUCCUCCACAGCGCCGCUGGCCCCGUGCAAAUCCCCAGGAGGGAGGCUGCUCCCGCUCCGAUUGUUUUGACUGCAUCUUCCCUGGCUUAUCCGAGCCCCGCUGUGAGGCCAGCCCCGCUUCGCCGUGUCCCCGGCGACAUGCUGAGAGAGGGCUCGUCCAAGAGCAGCCAAAUCGCCACGUUCCUCUUCUCACCAGCCUCUGCCAGCAUCCCCAUUCCACCGGCUUACGCGGCGCCUCCCACCUUGGGUGCUGCUGCGCAGGGACCCGGGAUCAGGGUUGGGACAUCCAGGAUCUGCCGCUCCUGGGCGACUGAAAUCGAAAUCGGGGCUUUCUGA